AUGGGGCUCCUUUUCCUCACCUGCCUGCUGGCUGUCUUCCCAGUGGUCUCCAUGAAGAGUCCCAUAUUCGGUCCCCAGGAAGUGAGCAGUGUGGAAGGGCGCUCAGUAUCUAUCACGUGCUACUACCCAGACUCCUCUGUCAACCGGCAUACCCGGAAGUACUGGUGCCGACAGGGGGCCCAGGGCCGCUGCACGACCCUCGUCUCUUCAGAAGGCUACAUCUCCAGGGACUAUGAGGGCAGAGCCAACCUUACCAACUUCCCAGAGAGCAACACAUUUGUGGUGAACAUUGACCAUCUCACUCGGGGCGACUCUGGGCAUUACAAGUGUGGUCUGGGCAUUAACAGCCGAGGUCUGUCCUUUGAUGUGAACCUGGAGGUCCUCCGGGGUCCUGGGCUUCAAAAUGGCGUUGGGGUCUACGUUGCUGACUUGAGUGGAACAGUGACCAUCAAUUGCCCUUUCAAGCAUGAGAAUUCUGAGAAGAGGAAGUCCGUGUGCAAGAACACAGGCCAGCUCUGUGUUCUAGUCAUUGACUCCUAUGGAAAUGUGAACUCCAACUAUACAGACAGAGCAGAGAUCGAUAUUCUGAAUACCAACCAAUUAAUAUUCAGUUUCAUUAUCAAGCGAGUCCGGCUCAGCGAUGCUGGGAUGUACAGAUGCCAGGCUGGGGAUGGCCCCAGUGCUGAGAAGAGUUAUGCUGACCUCCAGGUGCUGAAGCCUGAGCCUGAACUGCUUUAUGGAGAUCUGAGGGGCUCCGUGACCUUUGACUGUGCCCUGGGCCCCGAGGUGAAAGAUACAGCCAGAUUUCUGUGCAGAACACGCAAGGGGAAAGACUGCGACGUGGUCAUCAACACCCUGGGGCAGAAGGCUCAGGCUUUUGAGGGCAGGAUCCUGCUUAUUCCCAAGGAGAAGGGCUCUUUCAGUGUGCAUAUCACCAACCUGAGGAAAGAGGAUGCCGGGUACUACCUGUGUGGAACCCACUCUGAUGGUCAGCCUCACGAAGGCUACCCCACCCAGCCCUGGCAACUCUUUGUCAAUGAAGAGACCAUAAUGCCCCAGAUUCCCUCUGUGGUGAAAGGUGUGGUUGGUGGCUCUGUGGCAGUGCUCUGCCCCUACAACCCCAAGGAAGCAGACAGCCUGAAGUACUGGUGUCGCUGGGAAGACACUCAAAAUGGCCGCUGCCAGCCGCUGGUGGAGAGUGCGGAGCUGGUUAAGGAGCAGUACAAGGGCAGGCUCACACUGCAUGAAGAGCCAGGCAAUGGCACCUACACAGUCAUACUCAACCAGCUCACCCCCAAGGAUGCUGGCUUCUACUGGUGUUUGACCAAUGGUGAUAAUCACUGGAAGUACAUGGUGGAGCUCAAGAUUGUCGAAGGAGAACCAGGCCUCAAGGUACCCAAGAAUGCUGUUGGCCGGGUUGGGGAGACCUUCAAGCUCUCCUGUCACUUCCCAUGCAAAUACUACUCCUUCGAGAAAUACUGGUGCAAGUGGAGUGACAGAGGCUGCAAAACUCUGCCCAGCCAAGAUGAAGGGCCCAGCCAGGCCUUCAUGAACUGUGACCAGAAGAGCCAGAUAAUUUCCAUGACCCUGAACCCAGUCUCCAAGGCAGAUGAAGGCUGGUACUGGUGCGGGGUGAAGGAUGGGCCCCGAUACGGAGAGACCAUGGCUGUCUAUUUGUCAGUCGAGGAGAGGGUAAAGGGGUCCCAAGACAUCAGCCAAGUGGAUUCAGCUCCCGGUGAAGAAGGGUUAGAGUCGAGUGUCAGGGAAGUUGAGAGCAAAGUCAUUCAGAAUCCCAGGCUUUUUGUGGAUGACAAAACAGUGAAGGAUGUCGGAGACCCUGCAGAUGGGAGCAAAGGGUCCGUAGAUGCCAGCAGCUCUGCAGGACAAAGUGGGAGCUCCACAGUGCUUGUCUCCACCCUGGUGCCCCUGGGCCUGGUGCUGGCAGUGGGGGCCGUGGUUGUGGCAGUGCUCAGGGCACGGCAUAGGAAGAACGUUGACCGGGUUUCAAUUAGAAGCUAUAGGACAGACAUCAGCAUGUCGGACUUUGAGAACUCCAAGGAUUUUGGUGCCAAUGACAACAUGGGGGCCUCGCCAGUCACUCAGGAGACAACGCUCGGAGGAAAAGAUGAGUGCGGCACUGCCACCGAGAACACAGCAGAGACCGAAGAACCCAAGAAGGCAAAACGGUCCUCCAAGGAGGAAGCUGACAUGGCCUACACUGCCUUCUUGAUCCAGACCAACAACAUGGCUGCCAAAGUCCAGGAGGGCCCUGAGAAAGUCUAG